GUGUCGAACGUCUCCAUGGCGACCGCUAGGAGACCGCCAUGGCGACGGAGGAGCGUGAAGGAACCGCUGCGGAAUCUGCAGUAGCAGAAAUCCAAAAGAAGAUCACUGAAGCCUUUGAAGUGUUUGACCAUGAAUGUAAUAAAACUGUGGAUGUCAGAGAGAUUGGCACUAUCAUUAGGUCAUUAGGCUGUUGUCCCAAUGAGGCGGAUCUCCAUGAUAUGCUUGCAGAGGUAGAAGAAGAAGAACCAACUGGGUUUAUUCGUUUGGAAAAAUUUCUUCCUAUGAUGACUAGAGUGUUAAUGGAAAGAAGAUACCGUCCGAUUCCAGAAGAUGUUCUUUUACGUGCUUUUGAGGUUUUGGAUCAGAAUAAAUCUGGACAUCUAGCUAAAGAUGAUUUGAUAAAGUAUAUGACUGAAGAAGGUGAGCCUUUUACACAGGAAGAAAUGGAAGAAAUGCUUUCAGCAGCAGUAGAUCCAGAAACAAAUACUGUUCGCUACAAGGACUAUAUUUCAAUGAUGGUUGUAGAUGAAAACUAAGAAUGUUAUUUAAUUUGUGGGUCUCAGUUUAGUGUUUUUACAUUAACUUCAUUGUAGUUACUGUAUUUGCUGUUGGGCACAAGCAUAAUAAUAAUUACACUGAAAUUUAUGAAAAUACUAUAUUGUUUAUUUUGUAAAAUACAAAUAUUACUGAAUAUCUUAAAGUGUCAAUCUGACUGUAAACUGAAAAUAGUAGAAUUCAAAAUUUGCAAAUAAAAUACUAAUUGAGUAAUCUGCAUGACAAUUCACAA